AUGUCGUAUCAACACUUGUGGUUAGCUUCAAGUAACUUCUUCAUGCAAGUUUUAAACUCUCCGUCGAGAGAAGAAAUAAAUGCAGCACACUUCCAAGGUUCCUGGUUGGGAAUCGGCAUACCGUCAGUCCGCAAUGCCUUCAGAGUCUCCAAGUUCAAGACUGCGUGCUGGAUUUGUUUAUUUAUCAGCUCGAUUCCUAUCCAUCUUCUAUUUAACUCGACGAUAUUUGAGACGGACUAUAGAGGAUCUGACUUCCACCUAACGAUUGCUACUGAGGAGUUUCUAAACGGGGGAAGCUUCUACCCCCCUGGAGGAAGUUUAGUCCAAGCCGGCUUCGAUCUAUAUGCGGGUGGAUAUGGCUUACCAGUCAACCUGACCGAAUACGCUAGUAAGGAUUCUGAUGCUAUGAAAAACAUAUCGACUACAGCGACGAGUGCCGGACAGUGGAAGAGACUUGAAAUAAGCGAAUGCAAGCAAGAGUACAUUAAAUGUAAUGGGCUCAAGCGUCAUCGUAACGUGGUCCUCAUCACCGACAAGCCAGGUGGCUGGAUAAGAGACGAGAUAUGGCAUCUGAUGGACAAUCAAACUGAACUAUGGGAUCGUUACGUCCCUGCGGACCAGCCCAAUCACUUAUUCUACGAUGCACAAUGUUUUAUGCUCGCGUUACGUAGCAGUAAAACUACAGAAUGCAUGAAUAACUGCAUCGGGGCGUUUGGAAUUACACACGCUAGUAUCCCGGAUUGGAAAUACUCUUUCUUCGAUGUAAUCGGCAAUGGGAUGGUCAACGGAACAACUAUCUAUAAACAGACCAGUAUACUGACAUCCGGUCUACAACCGGGAGCAACCAAUUUAUCUGUACAAUACUGUCUUGCGGACGACCUCGACGGAGUCUGCCAUAUUGGCUUGUCAUCAACUCUACUACUAACAGUCACAUUAUGCGUUAUAUUCAAAACUUUCACGGCUAUCGUUGUUACGAUAGUUCUGAGCCGCCAGAACCAGGCACCGUUAGUGACCCUAGGAGAUGUCAUGGAGUCUUUCAUCGAAAAGCCAGACCCUGUUACCGCCGGUAUGUGCACUAUUGGACAAACGGAAAUCCGAAGGUCAAUGAGAUCCUAUAGAUCCUUAUUAUUGCCAGGGCCAAGGCAAUGGAAAACGUUGCAGAAGCGUCGAUGGGCAGUUGUUCCUCCGUUGGUAUGGAUAUCAAGCUAUCUGCUAUUUGGUAUAGGCAUUACUAUUUGUGCUUACUUCUUCGCGGAUAUAAAACGCCACAGCAACCUUAUCGGCUCAUUCUACGAGAGCGAAAUGAAUUCAUUCAUCGACUCCCCUUUCACCUUCACACAAGGUGUCCUGAUUGCUAAUAGCCCUCAACUACUCCUUUCAUUCUGCUAUCUUGCUUAUAAUAAUUUAUUUACCCGGCUUCAGAUGGCCAGAGAAUGGUCGUUGUUUAGUGAAUGUUACCAGCCACUGCGAGUUACUGACCCUAAGGGCGGCCAAUACUCUACAUAUCGACUCCAACUACCUUAUAAAUACAGCAUCCCUCUUAUAGCUACUAGUAUAUUCCUUCAUUGGCUGCUCUCGAAUACUAUUUAUCUCUUCAUAUCGAUCGGAGGUUACUUCAGUACCGACAUGUUCCUUAGCGGAAUCGAAGCCGACCCGAGUCUGCCACCUAACACCGCUAUCGCCUUGGGGUAUUCGGGUUAUUCCCUUCUAGUUAUGCUUGUGGUCUCGUGCUUCUUGAUCCUGUUGCCUGCGAUUCUGAGCAUCAAAAAGCUCCCGUCAAACAUGGUGAUAAUUGGGAGCAACUCACUCGCGCUGUCUGCUGCGUGCCACGUCUCGAGCUUGUCACACGCGGUCAGUUCCCGCGCAACAUCAUCAUUCGCCGAUUGUCCAGCACCGUCGCAAGUUGAUGCCCCACCGACCCUAAAGUCGUCGAGGCGAUCGUACGCUCCUCUCACAGACGAGAUCUAUACCGAUGAGGGUAACAGGAGCGACAGCAUUGAGAUGCAGAACCUCACGCCGAUGCUAACUACCACAAGCCGCCACCCAUUAUGGAAAUCAGUGUCAAAGAAGCCACUGCUUGAGCGUACCGAAGAGGAUUUCUCUGACGCGGGAGAUAAACAGCAGAACGGCCAGUUCACGAAACUUGCCAGGAGCAAGAUCCGUUGGGGUGUCGUGGAGAUGCCACCUGAAUGGCACGCUGAGUACGAUAACGCCGACGCUACCGUUGGACACCUCAGCUUCGGCGUUGAGGAAGACGACGUCACGCCUCCGGAGCCGGGACGUUUGUAUGCGUAA